GAUCCGACCAAAUCCCAUAUAGCGUGUGGUGCAGAGCCACUCUCACUCUCGGUAGUUCCAGCUCUCUCUCCCCGCAACUAUGUCUUCCUUCGUUUCCAACCUCUCUUCGCUUCCUCUGUCAGCCUCCAUUGUUUCUUCAUCUUCCUCUCCCUCUAAAGAUGGGAACUCAAAGUCUUCAAAAUCAGUGAAGCUCAGAGAGGACUGGAGGAACCGCUCCAAACCCAUUCCUCCAGGAGGCACCUACCCGGCCAAAGAUCAUUGCAGUCGUUGCGGGUUGUGUGAUACGUAUUACAUUGCGCAUGUGAAGAAUGCAUGCGCUUUCUUGGGAGAUGGAAUGUCUAAAAUUGAAGCCUUGGAACCCAUAGUUCAUGGUAGAGGGAGGAAAUCAAGUUCCUUAGAUGAAACUUACUUUGGGGUCUAUGAGGAGCUGUUAUAUGCUCGUAAAGUAGAGCCUGUAAAAGGAGCUCAAUGGACAGGGAUAGUAACAACUAUUGCAAUUGAAAUGCUUAAAUCAGGCAUGGUAGAAGCUGUUGUUUGUGUACAGAGUGAUCCAGACGACAGAUUCAUGCCUAGGCCUGUCCUAGCAAGGACACCGGAUGAAGUUCUAGCUGCUAAAGGUGUUAAGCCAACAUUAUCUCCUAAUCUGAAUACUCUUGCCCUUAUUGAGGCUGCAAGUGUGAAGCGUCUUCUUUUCUGCGGUGUGGGUUGCCAAGUGCAAGCGCUAAGAUCUGUGGAGCACCACUUGAAUUUGGACAAGCUCUAUGUAUUAGGCACUAAUUGUGUUGAUAAUGGAACUCGAGAAGGACUGGAUAAGUUUCUAAAGGCCGCAAGUAGUGAACCAGAAACAGUUCUCCAUUACGAGUUUAUGCAAGACUACAAGGUUCAUUUGAAGCAUUUGGACGGUCAUAUUGAAGAGGUUCCUUAUUUCUCUCUACCAGCAAAUGAUUUGGUUGAUGUUAUUGCUCCCUCAUGCUAUAGUUGUUUUGACUACACCAAUGCCUUAGCGGAUCUGGUGGUUGGCUACAUGGGUGUGCCAAAAUAUUCUGAAAUCAGCAUGACACAGCAUCCACAGUAUGUUACAGUAAGAAAUGAACGUGGAAGGGAAAUGCUCAGUCUGGUGGAAAACCUUCUGGAAAUUACUCCUACAAUUAGUAGUGGUGACCGGCGAUCAUUUGUUACGGAGACUGUUAAGGCAGAUGAUAAUGCUAAGUUAGGGAGAGGUCCUUCUAAGCCAGCGCCAAAGUUUAUUGGAAAUUUGAUAGCUUUUAUCCUAAACUUGAUUGGCCCCAAGGGCCUGGAAUUUGCACGUUACUCACUUGAUUACCAUACCAUCCGGAACUAUUUGCACGUAAACCGCGCAUGGGGAAAAGAAAGAGCUGAUAGGCACAUGCCUUCUUACGCAAAGAAGAUCGUGGGAAUGUACAACAAGAACGGUGAAAUCAAACAGAUGUUGUCCAACAAGUGAAUGUAUUGGACGGUGAAGGUGGUGAAAUCAGGGUGCUUCAUGCAUGUGAAAUCAUCUUUUUUCCUUUCUGUAAAGAAGGGACUAAUGCCAUGUAUGAUCAUGAAUUUUUGGCAAUGUUCUCUUGGUAACCUAAUGUAGAUUGAUGAUCAAUGCUUCUUGUCCUCGCAAAUUGCGUUUGUCUGUGACAAUAACCAGCUGAAAGAUUUUGUGUCUGAAAUUAGCUUGUUCACAAACCCAUCAUUUUCCCAUAUUAGAAAGUUCACCUAAAGGGCAGAAACAGGUGAUUAUCAGGAUAAAAAGAAGGGGGAAGCUUUACUUACCCCUGUUUUUA